AUGACCGGUGAAGCUGCCAGUGCUGAUACAGAUUCUGCUAAUAAAUAUCCUGCUGAGCUGGAGAAAAUUAUUGAUGAAGGAGGUUACUCACCAGAACAAGCGUACAAUGUUGACGAAACUGGGCUUUUCUGGAAGCGCAUGCCUGCUAGAACUUUUAUUUCCACUGAAGAAAAAUCAGCUCCAGGCUUUAAAGCAUCCAAAGAUUGUUUGACUCUUCUUUUGGGAGGAAAUGCUUCAGAAAGAUAUAAUGCCAGGUGUAACAUAUCUAAUAAAGCAUUGCUCCUCUUAGACAAUGCACCAAGCCACCCAGUAAAUUUCAAUGAUCUUUCUGAUAAUGUGAGAGUGGAGUCCAUCCCCAAGAACACAACUUCCUUGCUCCAGCCAAUGGAUCAAGGUGUGAUAGCUAACUUUAAGGCAUAUUAUCUAAGAAAAACUUUUUUGCAGCUCAUAAAAGCAAUUGAUGGGGAGGAUAAACCUACAAUUAGGGACUUCUGGAAAAAGUUCAACAUCUUGGAUGCUGUGGAUAAUAUAGCCAAGUCAUGGGAUGAAGUGAAAACCUCAGCUAUGAAUGGUUCAUGGAAAACAUAUGGCCAGAGUGUAUCCAUGAAUUUAAAGGAAGGUCUGCAAAUCUUUGCUGAUACCAACCCCAACCGUGAAAGGAACAUCAAGGUUGCAAGAGCAGUUAACAAUGCUCUCAGUUCCUACACUGAGCUGUACAAGGAGAAGGUGCGCCGUAAACGUCAAACAACAUUGGAUGAGUUAUUCACCGUCAGAGCAAAGCCUAAAGCAGAUGAUGAUUUACAGGGCAGGGCAGAAGAGG